CAGGAACAAACAGAAAAGGAUGAGAUGUAACAAUACGGACUGCAACGUCGUACCUGCUUAAAGGAGCCGUGAUCGAUGUGAAACGUCCAACCGACAUCAUCGCUAAGGUAAAAGAAACCCUUUCUUACCCGGAUUUUAAAAAGAAAACCAGAAAAGUGUGAAAGAAAACUAAAUAAACUGGAUAUAAAAUAAGUGUGGACUCUGGACGUGAAUGAAACUAAAGCGGGUUCUAUCAGUGAAGAAGAACGGCCGAGAGGGAUCAAAUAGGAAAUAUGUUAUAGAAUAUGAAAAAGCAGGACAAGAAAAUCUGUCAAUUAGAAGCAGCUGGUCAUAAGCUCCAUUAAAGUGGACCACCAAAUCGGAAUGGCUUGAUUUUUCAGAGGGGAAAGGAACAAUUUAACAAGGAUUCCUGUCACAAGAAAAAGAAGAAAGUUUGCAGAUUUUUUGGAGGAAGCUGUUCUAUGAAACAACUGUGUUUCGCUGUCUCUGUAUCCGCCGACGGGGCCACCUGUUUUGUAUCGGAUUUUAUUCACCAUGUCCAAAGUGAUACAGAGGAAAAACCACUGGACCACCAGAGUUAACGAGUGCACGGUCAGCAAAGACGCUCUCGGCGAACUGAAUGUGGAGUUUCUCGGAGGCGCGGAGGAUGGAGAGUUUCCGUACAUUGGACAAGUUAUAGAGGAUACAGUGCUUUGCAAAAAUGGUAGAUUAACACCGGGGGAAUUAAUAUUGGAAGUGGAGGGUCUCUCCGUGUCUGGAUUGCCCCUCUACGAUGUAUUGACAGUGAUGAAGAACUGUAAAGGUCCCGUCAGGUUGAAAACUGUAAAACAAGGAAACAAGCUGAAUAAAGAUCUGAAGCACUACCUGAGCCAGAGGUUUCAGAAAUCAUCCCCGGACCACGAGCUUCAGCAAACCAUCAGAGAGAACCUGUAUCGCCACGCCGUGCCUUGUACAACCCGCCUCCCACGUGACGGAGAGGUCCCUGGAGUGGAUUACAACUUCCUGUCAGUGAAUGACUUCCUGAACCUUGAGCAGAGUGGGACUCUUCUUGAAAUAGGCACAUAUGAAGGUAACUAUUAUGGUACACCCAAGCCCCCGAGCCAGCCCCCCAGCGGGAAAGUGAGUGCCAGUGAUGCUCUGCAAGACAGCCUUCCCGGCUCCCAGCACUCCACGCCCAGGCGUUCCAAGUCCUACAAUGACAUGCAAAAUGCUGGAUUAGUGCCUGCGGACAACGACGAUGACGACGAAGUCCCUGAAAUGAACAGCAGUUUUACAGGAGACUCGAGUGAAGCAGACGAGCACCCCGCGCGACCGUACCUCUACCGCGACAACGCCCCCUCCUACGGUCUCAACAACGCCUCGUCGUCAACCACGGACAGCUCCCAGCAGACGCACCUCCACCUUCAACCUCCCGAGGAGGACCCGCUCGGCCCUCUGCCGGACAGCUGGGAGAUGGCCUACACUGAGACCGGAGAGGUCUACUUCAUAGACCACAACACAAAGACGACGUCCUGGAUCGACCCUCGGGCCCUGGACAAGCCUCAGAAACCUCUGGAGGAGUGUGAAGACGAUGAAGAAGGCGUACACACUGAAGAGCUGGACAAUGAGUUAGAACUGCCGUCCGGAUGGGAAAAGAUAGAAGACCCAGUGUAUGGAGUAUAUUAUGUAGAUCACGUAAACAGGAAGACACAGUAUGAAAACCCCAUACUCGAAGCCAAACGGAAAAAACAGCUAGAGCAGCAACAGCCACCAGAAGGUGAGCGGUACAUUCGAGAAUGGAUAGAGGGGCACUCCUCUUCAGUGGCUCCGCUAGCCAGCUACGCUACAAACCACCAGGAGACGUACCGGGACCCCAUGACUGCCCCCCCACUGCCACCCCCUCUGGGGUCGAAACGAGGCAAGGCCUUCUUCACACGCAACCCGGACGAGCUGAAGGGAACCUUCAUCCGCACCAAGCUGAAGAAGAGCCGGCGGGGGUUCGGCUUCACCGUGGUGGGCGGGGACGAGCCUGACGAGUUCCUGCAGAUCAAAAGCCUGGUUCUGGACGGCCCUGCUGCUCUGGACGGGAAGAUGGAGACUGGUGACGUCAUUGUGAGCGUGAACGAUGGCUGUGUCCUGGGAUACACGCACGCCCAGGUGGUGAAGAUCUUCCAGACCAUUCCCAUCGGCUCCAUGGUGGACCUCGAACUGUGCCGGGGCUACCCUCUCCCCUUCGACCCCGACGACCCCAACACCAGCCUGGUGACGUCGGUGGCCAUCCUGGACAAGGAGCCCAUCAUCGUCAACGGGCAGGAGAGCUACGACUCGCCCUCCAGCCACGGCAGCCAGGCCAACAACGGCAUGAACGGGGCCAAGGAGCCGCGCUCCUACAGCCCCUCUGCCGAACUGUCCUCAAACGGCUCGCACUCCUACCCCAGCGACGUGGUGACGCUGGCCUCCUCUAUCGCCACGCAGCCCGAGCUCAUCACCGUCCACAUGGAGAAGGGCGACAAGGGCUUCGGCUUCACCAUCGCGGACAGCCCCGGAGGGGGCGGCCAGAGGGUCAAGCAGAUAGUGGACUACCCCCGCUGCCGGGGGCUGAGGGAGGGGGACAUUAUCAUGGAGGUGAACAAGAGGAACGUUCAGAGCAUGUCGCACAACCAAGUGGUGGACAUGCUGAGCAAGUGCCCCAAGGGAAGCGAGGUCACCAUGCUGGUGCAGAGAGGGGUGGUGCCGGCGAAGAAGAGCCCGAAGCUGCAGCAGUUGGAGAGGAAGGACAGUCAGAGUAGCUCACAGCACAGCGUCUCCAGCCAGCGGAGCACGCGCAUGGACUCACCCGUGCACGCGGUCCAGGCAGCGCCCAUCGAGAGCGGCCCGCCCCCAGCCCCUGCCCUGCCACUGCCCAGUCUGCCGCCCCAGGAGCCCGGAGAUGGCACCGCCCAGAAGAAGCCUGACCCCUUCAAAAUCUGGGCCCAGUCCCGGAGCAUGUAUGAAAGUAGGCUGCCCGAUUAUCAGGAGCAGGACAUCUUCCUCUGGAGAAAGGACACAGGGUUCGGGUUCCGAAUACUGGGAGGAAAUGAGCCCGGGGAACCGAUCUACAUCGGCCACAUCGUGAAGUACGGGGCGGCGGACGAGGACGGCCGGCUGCGGUCGGGAGAUGAGCUGAUCUGCGUGGACGGCACCGCGGUGGUGGGCAAGUCCCACCAGCUGGUGGUCCAACUGAUGCAGCAGGCUGCCAAACAGGGACACGUCAACCUGACGGUCCGCCGCAAGACUGGAUACGGAGGGUCUAAGUCUGACGGCGAUGUGCCGCCCUCCCCGGCCUCGUCACACCACAGCAGCACCCAGGCGCCGUCUCUGACGGAGGAGAAGCGCACGCCGCAGGGCAGCCAGAACUCGCUCAACACCGUCAGCUCGGGCAGCGGCAGCACCAGCGGCAUCGGCAGCGGGGGAGGGGGGGGCAGCGGGAGCGCGGUGCUCAGCACCGCCGUGCAGCCCUACGACGUGGAGAUCCGCCGCGGAGAGAACGAGGGCUUCGGCUUCGUCAUCGUCUCCUCCGUCUCCCGGCCCGAGGCGGGGACCACCUUCGCCGGAAACGCAUGUGUGGCCAUGCCCCACAAAAUAGGCCGCAUCAUCGAGGGCAGCCCCGCUGACCGCUGUGGCAAGCUGAAGGUGGGAGACCGCAUCCUGGCCGUCAACAGCUGCUCCAUCACCAACAAGUCCCACUCCGACAUCGUCAACCUGAUCAAGGAGGCCGGGAACACCGUCACACUGCGCAUCAUUCCCGGAGACGAGUCCUCCAACGCAUCACUGUUGACCAACGCUGAGAAGAUCGCCACCAUCACCACCACACACACGCCUCAGCAACAGGCUGCGCCCGAGGUCCCAAGGAACAACACAAAACCAAAACAGGAGUCGUUUGAUUUCAAAGCCCCACAGGCACCUCCUCCGCCUGCUCCCACACAGGCUCCUCCUGCACAGGACCCAGAGUUGUAUUCAGUUGACCUCGAGCGGGACAAUAAAGGUUUUGGAUUCAGUCUUCGCGGGGGCCGCGAGUACAACAUGGACCUCUACGUCCUCAGGCUGGCUGAAGACGGGGCAGCUGUCCGAAAUGGAAAGAUGAGGGUGGGAGACGAGAUCCUGGAGAUCAACGGGGAGAGCACCAAGAACAUGAAGCACGCCCGCGCCAUCGAACUGAUUAAAAACGGUGGGCGGAGGGUGCACUUGGUCCUCAAGCGGGGGGAUGGCUCCGUGCCCGAAUAUGGCGCCAACUAUGACGGCAACGGCCCCCCCGCCGGUACACAAAAUGUUUCGGAAGUGAAAACCUUGCCACCAAACAGCCGACUACCCGCAUUAUCGGAGUCCAGUUAUCCACCAGAUCUUCACAAAACAUCACGAACCGAGGACAAGAAGAAGAAGGAGACUGCGGAUAAGAAGGAACAGGGCCGGCACUCCAACCAUCACCACCAACCGCACCACCACCACUCCCACCACGGCAACCACGGGAGCCACGGCAACCAUUCCAAAUCCCGACACCACUCGCCCGACAAGAAGGGCGCGCAGAGGCGGCGGGGCAGGAGGUCGGACGAGAGCAAGAAGAAGGAGGAGAGCUCGGGGAAGAAGAAGCCGGAGCACGGCCACCACCGGAGGCACCGCUCCCCGGACAAGCGGCGCAGCGGAGGCGGAGGCGGCGGCCACCACUACACCGCGGACAGGAGGCACGGCCGGAGGCACGACCGCUCCCCGGAGAGGAGGCCCCACUACGCCUCGCCCCGCCGCAGGGGCUCCCUGGACCGCCGCAGAGACCCCUACGGCUCGCCCUACCGGGACCUCUCUCCCGACCGCCGCAGGGCCAAGUCCAUGGACUGGAAGAGAGACCUCUCCCCGGCGGGGCCGCGGGGAAGGCCUAUGGAGAAGACCAACAAGGAGAGCCUGAAGGAGCCCGAGUCCAUCCCCAAGGUGGAGAGCUUCCUGAAAGACCUCCCUGAGGACUUCCCCCAGGCGGACAGCUUCUUGAAGGACCUGCCGAUCCCAGAACGAGGCUACGGAGAGGACCCCUUUCCGAGUGACGCUGUGGGCGUGGAGCCCUUCUUCAAGGAGGACACGCUACCCAGGGGCCGCACGCUGGAGAGAGCGUUCAGGAACAACCUGCUGGAGGACGAGUCGCCCGAGGCCAGCGAUAGAGAUGAGAGGUUCGCACGGGACAGGUCGCCCGAGAGACGCUACAAAAUCGACAGCCUGCUCAGGGAGACCCUGCCCGACAGAAGCAACAGAAGACCGGACGUGAACGCGCCCAGACUCAAGGAAACCUACGACACGCUGAAGUCCAACUCCAGCCGAAUCUCCAAACAGCUCCCCGAACCCAAGAAAAGGAUCUACAAGGAGAGCCACAACGACCUCAGCAUCUGACCCAAUGCCCCAGCCACUCUUCUCCAGAGCCCUACAUAUGUGGAAAACAUGGAUCCUGGAUACUAACUUAUUCAUUUGACAUUCCUGUGUCCCUAGACAGUGUAACGUCAGAAGUACUAUCAUUUUUUUAAAUUUGUUUUCUUUUUGUUGUUGUUGUUUGUUUCAUUUUUUUCUGUUAAGCAUAAUACAUUUAUCAAAAUUUUACAAAACAACAUGAAAACAAUUAUGUGCCUAAUAACACCAUAAAUGAAGUCUUUGUUUGAUGAAAGACAGGCUUUUUUAACAACUGUCUUACCUUUUUUUCCUCCCCCAGAGUCCAUACAUGCACCAAAUGGCUACCGGUAACUGGUGUUCAGAUAUAUGCUGUGCAUGUCUUAAAGGUUUUGAUGUCUUUUUUCUCCCCAGUGCCACUGUUUUUUAGACAUUUGACCAGAGUAUAGCACAAGCCUGCAUUUGUUUGUAUAUUUUUGAGAGUUUGCAGUAUGUGUACAUUCAGAAGUGACCAUUUUAAAGAAUGAAGGGAAAAAUUAAAAAUGAAAAACUAUGAUGGUAAUGCUAAAAAAAUAAAAUAAUAUAUUCAAAUUA